AUGGGUAGAAAAUAUUAAAAAAUCACAAAAAACCCUAAAAUUAGAAGACAGAUAAUCUAUUUAAGAAAGCAAGGUAACACUAAUAAAGAAAUAUCAAUAAUUAUAAGUGCUUAAACAGGUACAAGAAUUACUGAAAAGACAAUCUAAAGCAUCAAAACUAUCAAAAGAAAAUCAAAAUAUUUAACCUAUAGACAAUAAGCUAUAGCACUAACUAUCGAUUAUAUUCAAGAAUUUCAUCACAAUUUAUUAAAUAUAUCAAAUGAGAAUAAAUAAAGAAGGAGGGUGUCGUUACUUCUAAAAAAGAAGUUUCCGUAGCCUUUCCCUCUUUUCUCUUAACGAACUCAUUAAAGAUGUAUUAAUAGAAUUGUAAGUAAAAUUAAUCUUAUCUUAAACAACUAAGAAUCUUAAUAAACUAAUAAUAAUUAAGAUUCCAUUAACUAUUUUUUAUAGACCUAAUCUUAAGUAUAAUCAAUAUAAUCACCAAGUAUAUUUAUAAAUGAUGAAGACUAAAUGAAUUCAAUUUAAGAAAGGAUGACUGAUGAUUUAAAUUUUUAUUGA